UGCGCCUCCUCCGCCUCUGAACCUGAGCAUCUUCCUCAAAACACAAUUCAGUUAUCUUCUCGCCUUCUUCUUGAUCUCUGCCUUGCUUUCUCUGUGCCUUCGCUGAUGUUUGUUUCGAGAAUUGUAUCGCGAGUUUCCCGCAGCGCGGGCUUACGCUCCUCUCUCUCCGCCGCCGCCUUUCCGGCGAGGAGCCAGGCUCCUAUACUCUUGAGCCGGUAUCACUCCAUCGUUCACGAAUUCUCACUAAAGGUGCUACCUCUUGGUUCGUUUCCACUCCAAAGGCUCUCUUUUUCUUUCUCCACCACGCCUGAAUCAAAUGAAAAGGAGAGCAACACGGAGGCCUCGAAGACAUCUGGAGAGAAAGCUACAGCUGAUGCAAACGAAUCAGGUCCUGACUCAGAAUCCACCAAAGAUUCGAGAAGGGGGAAGGGUGCUAAACGAGGUGCAGUAUCUGAUUCAGAUUCCGGGAGUGAUGAUGAUGAUGAUGAUGAGGAGUUGUCAAUGGAUGACUUGAUGAAGCUUGUGGCUGAGAAGGAAGAGUUACUAUCUGGAAAAGAGGAAGAGAUUAAGCAAAUGAAAGAUAAAGUUCUUCGCACUUACGCAGAGAUGGAGAAUGUUAUGGAUAGAACAAGACGUGAUGCUGAGAACACUAAGAAGUACGCCAUACAGAAUUUUGCAAAGAGCCUUUUGGAUGUGGCGGAUAAUCUUGGAAGAGCUUCUUCGGUUGUCAAAGAAAGCUUCUCAAAGCUUGACACUACUAAAGAAGAUUCGGCUGGAGCUACUCCACUCUUAAAGACGCUCUUAGAAGGUGUGGAGAUGACUGAGAAGCAGCUAGCUGAGCCAGAAGGCACAGUUGCUCAUGUCCUCAAGUCUGGAUACACGUUGUUUGAUCGAGUUAUAAGACCAGCUGAGGUUGGUGUUACCCAAGGAGGAGAGAGCGAAGAAGACAAGAAAGAGUCAGAUGCUUAA